UAAUCCACUGAAAAGCGACUUUGUCAAGUUAUUUAACUGAUACAUAUAUAUGUACAAAAUUUGUUUCAAGUGCUGUAUACACAAUGCAACAGCCAAAUUUGCUUUUCAUUAACAAGCGGGGCAUAAUGCUAUGAUAUUAUACAUUGAACAUAUAAACAAGACCAAAUUCCCCAACGUGCUAUUGCAAUUCUAUAGAUAACUUUAUUCAGUGUCUACUUUUUUAGACACACACACACACACAUAUUUGGAAAGGAAAAUUCAGAGCAGUAAUUAUAGUGCUUAAAUUGUAUUCGACUUCAGAAUUAAUUUGCUUAGAUUUUUUUAUUACAGUAUCACUAUAUAUCUCCAUCUCUGUAGAGCUCCCACACAUAAUGUAAGUUUUAAAAUGUCAAAGCCGCUCUGAUCAAAAACUCGUUUACAUGUAAGGGUACAUGCACAGACAGUUGACCAGCCGUUGCUCAGUUAAGUCAAAUCUCAUUAUCCACCAUGUCUAAAACUAUGGGGGCUGUUUGUUUUCAUGAAAUGACAGUGAGUCAGUGAACAUAUAGCACUGUCAAAAGUUGAAUCUCAAAAUGAUGUUUCUUUGUUUUUUAAAAAUUCCCACCAUAGCAGUACCAUCUAGUGCAAUGAAUCAUUGUAAAAGGUCUAUUACAGUAAAUGCUUCUCAAGAAAAUAUCUAUCCAAAACAGGCAUCUUUAUUGUAAAUGAGAUGCCAUGCCACCCCCCCCACCCCCCAAAAAAACCUGCAUGUUUAGAGACUGAAAAUGAAUAUUUUUAAAUAUGCAGUAUUGAUGGUUUUGAUUUGUUUCUGCUUUUGAAGUCCUUCUGAUUAAUUUAAGGUCACUAGAAAAAGAAGCCACACAUAUUCUAGUUGCUUUAGACUUUGACUCGAUGUUUAUUUUAGAUAACAUUAAUCAUUCAAACUAGCCAUGCACUACUGUGCUUAAUCUGACCUUACAUUCCUUUUUACCUGUGUGUUACCCACAGGUUUGUUGUCAUGGUAGUUUGAGUGAGCAGUAUAUCACUUUCCUCCCACCAGCAAGUGUGUUGUUGCCCUACAUAGCUGCUGGGGGUGGUAGCUGUGGGAGUCCGUGAUGCUACUUCCUGUCUCCGUUGCGCAUCAGAAUUUCCCUUCUGCCCACCCACUUUCAUUUGUAGCAUGUAAUGGGUUGUUUGAGGUUAGUCUGUCACAGUGGGCCAGCGGUGUGCUGCUCUUCAGUCUGGGCAGCUGCUUUCACGUUUGUUAAUAUAGGAACUGGAUGCUUCGCCAAGGCACCUCGGAAGAAAGGAGAUUAUUUUGUAGACAACACAUCUCAGCGCACUUAUGAAGGUGUUGAGUGGUCACGUUGUGACAAAAUCACAGUUUGAGGACAGCAUGGAUCUAUUCAUCAUGCCUGCCUCAGCUGCUCAUCUGAAGCUGGGGCCUCCUCUACCUCAGCAGGCACAUGAGGCCAAUUCAAUCAACUCGGCCCAUACUGAAAAUCUCAACCGAAAGCGUUGGAAGAACCUUUUUUGGCGAGUGCAAAGAAAAAACAUGAAUUCUGGAUGUGCUUUGACCCCUCAAAAAAAGCCACUCUUUGGACAAGCUCUGACUGAUAUUUGUGAAAAAAAUGCUUGUCCUCCAAAACCCAUUAUGGAGAUCCUCUCAGUGCUUAGGAAAGAAGGCCCACAGACACUGGGAGUGUUCAGGAAAGCAGGGAAUGCCCGGUGUCUUAAGGAGAUCAAGGAGCAACUCAACAGUGGAGCAGAAGUAUAUCUAAAAGAUGAACCAGUGAUUUUGCUUGCUGAUCUUCUCAAGGAUUUUUUGAGGCACCUGCCAAGUGGUUUACUGGUGGUGGAACAGUACAACACCUGGAUGGCAGCAAUGGAAAAAGAGGAUGUACAUGAUAGGUGUACUGAGCUUCAAAGGGUGGUUAAAAACCUUCCAGAGCCAAAUAUUCACCUCUUGAAACAUUUGAUUGUUAUGCUGUAUCACAUAAGUGCUAAUGCAGACACAAACAAGAUGGAUUCCAGCAAUUUAGCUCUAUGUGUUUCACCCAACUUGCUCCGAACUGACAAUAUGGAAAUUAUGAAAAAUGUGUCUACGCUGACUCAGUUCCUAAUUGACAACUGUUCUGAAAUAUUUGGUGAGGAUGCACUGACGCUGCUUGGAGACUCAGAUGAAGAAGAACUGAGUGAUAAUCAAGAUUCCAUCCACCAGGACUCUGCCUACGACAGCAAUGACCCUGAUGUGGAGGGAAGCAAAGGAAGCUUCACAGACAUGCACGCCAUCCAUUCUGACUCUGAAGAGAAAAGUCUGGAUAAUGAGGUUUCCUGCUCAUAUGCUGCUGUGGGGAGACAGACUGCCAAACCAUUCUUUCGCAGGUGCUCUGAGCCAACAAUCAUCUUUACUGAAGGUGUUCGAAACCAGAUACCCCUAACCAGGAGUCAGACAGAGAUGAACUUUUACGACCAGCAUUUGACAAAGCAAAUCUCAGAUGAGUGCGUUUUGUUUGGGAUGGGCAGCAGGUUGCUACCUGUGAAGAAGAACAUCUGCAUCUUGGCUGCUGGUCAACUUCAACUCCAGGGCACUGCCAAAGCUAGCACCUCCUGUUCCUCCAGCUCCCUGGAGAGCACCAUCUCCAGCACCUCAGACAGCUCCUUCCACACCAGUUCUCCCAUCGUCUCAUCCUCCAGCCAGCGACGGACCCUCCAGCGCAAAAAGUCCUUCCCCACUUGCCUGAUGCCGCAUGGGAACUCCCUCAACGAGACCCCCAAAAAACGCUCCCAGUCAAUGAAGGCCACAAACUCUCGGACCAAGGCUAGCUUUGCUCGAGGUGGCACCAGCAAGAGAGCCGAGAAGGUGCUGCAGCAAGGCCAGACUCUCCCCGAAGUCCUUCCUCUCACUGGGGCUUCCUUGCAAAAACACUUGUCUAGAGAGGAAGUCUUCCAGCAGGUGGACAGCAAGAUCCCAAGCAACCCUCCAUCUUAUGAGCAGGCCCUCGAGGACAACGGCCACCCUAUGCUUUCACAACGCCGCUCGCUGACCGUGGAGGCUGCCAGGUGUCUGUCAAAAAACACGUGCAGUCAGUCCAUAUACCCUGCUGCAGAGCCAGCAUAUCCCUGCUCAGUGAAAAACUGUAGUCAUAGUCAUUGUUCCGAGAGUGCGGAGAAAAUUCACAUUUCAGCGGAGUCUGCAAUCUCACCAGACUCAAGACAGACUAUGCAUGAAGCGUCUGAAACCAGCCUGGCAAAUUGUUGUGGUCAGCAACUGGUCGAGUCAGUGAGUGUCAGAGAGUCAUAUGUGUGACAUAUACUAUGUCCUUCACGUGUAUAAUCUGUGGAAUAUUUUGCUACAGAUGUGUUUUAUUUUGACUAAAUGCUUUGUGUAAUAAAGCAGGUAUUACUAUAACUUUGAAAACAGGGCUUCUAUGAGCUUCUAAGAAGUUUGUAAUUUUAGAAGUCGCCAGUAAAAAGACUAUAAAAUACAUAGUUGUUGAGUUAUCGCAGAUUAUGAAUUGUAACAUAGCCUGUUUAUUUGGUUGUAUGUUGAAGUUACAACCUUCUGAUAAGCGUCUUAAAGCUACAUCCCAUUGUUGUCUCACGUAGCAAACAAAUAUCACUGAAAGGCACUUUGAGAGGACGUCAUCACUACAAAAUAUUAAUGUUUCGCAUAACUGAUAUCAGCACGCAAUAAGUGAAAGUGUGUAUAAAAGGCAAAAUAGAAACUGUUGCGCUUCAGCCACGCCUAAUAUUAUCUCAGGAGUCACGGGUUGGAUUUCCGAAACCACUUUUUGACACGCCAAACACGGGAGAUGAUUAACUGUUUAGAUUCGUUGCCAUAUUUCGGCAACAUACACACCUAAAACAGACGAAUAUGUAAAUAAAUUAUGCACUGUUAUUUCCAUGUACGCUGCAAUAAACCUUCCCUGUUAUUAUA